GUCGACGGAAACGCUAGAGCAUUCCGUUCGUGCCAACUUCAGUAUUCUUGAAUCUCCGAAGUGGAGCGCUUUGAACCCGUUACAAUAUUAAUCCCACACAUAUUACCGAGAGGCGCCCGAUGUUCAACUUAUAGUCGACUAAGGUGCCCACGUCUUGCUCCUUCCCCCCACUCAUUCGCACAUUUAAGUCUGUAAACAUGCCCGCACUCACCUGCCCUGCGUAUAAGCAACCGGAUGACCAUCCUACUUCGGAGGACUAUUUCAGCCACAUGAUCGACACAAUGGCGUUCUUCUACUAUUGGGGCCACUCUGGCUUCUUACGUCUCCACGAACUACUUCCUGAGUCCUCUAUUCAUCGUAGGCAACAUGCACAUGAGCUUGGCUCUGCGCUGUUCAUGCAGGAUCCAAUUGUUGCCUAUGUCACUACUCCCCCCAAAGAUCCCCAGCAGCGCAGAGCGUAUUUUGAUAGAUGCAAGGAGAUGAGCACUUCAGAAAUCAAAAGCCCUUCCGAUGCCGUCCUUCGAAUACACUACUCGAGUGCGUUCGUACAAGUAUUAAGUUCUGAGCUUUCCGAACGCUAUCCCGACGAUAUGAAGCUCCUUGCGCGCAUUCUUGCGGGAGCUCAAGAGAAGGCGUACGCCCUAUUCAUCAGUCUAUGCAUGUCUGGAUGCUCACUUUACGAUAGUAUGACAGCAGGUGGCAGCUGGGAAAGCCAUUUGGCUGCUACGCGCAAAGCUGAAGAAGAAGUUGCUAUCAAUAAGCUCUUUGACCGUAUUGGUGAUACUUUUACAUAUUUCGACUCCCCCACGAACGAGGUUGUGCAGUAUGAAAUUAUCAAUGGCGGAGGUGAAGUCGCGGGAGAAGCCUGGUUCUGGGUCAGUAAAACUGUGGCAGGCCAAUCUAACGAAGAUAUGAUCACAGCUGAGGAACUGAAGCGUUUGCUAUCGCAUCGGGUCUGAUGAAAGUCGUCUACCCUGUUCUCUGCCUGUUUCCCUUGCUUUGUCGCUGUCCUGUCUGCUUCCUGAUUUUAUGCUGUCUUUGUGUGCUUCGUAUAGCGUGUUUGUGUAUGACUUGGAUAUCUUACCCUGAUAUGGGGAACUUUUCUGGCAUGGUGGCGAAAGGCACGGCAAACCAAAUGAUGAAAUCCGAGUGAUGAAGGACAGUUCUUGAAUAUUGUGCCAUUGUCUGACCACUUGUUUCUAUUAGGUGGAUGUGACAAUCGUAUGAUUGCCUACUUUAUGCCAUAAGAAAAUUGAUGGUACUUG